AUGGAUGAUAGAGUUGUGUUGAAGAUUUAUUGUUAUGGGCAGAUUUUGUUGCAAACAUAUGAAGGAGUUCAAUUUGUGUGUGAAAAUCCAGAAGAUGUUGUUAUUUCGUUCACGUUGUCGUUUGAGGAAUUGAAAGGUGUGAUUUGUGAGAAGAUAGAUUCUCAAAGAUCUAGGAGAGUAUCCUGUAUUUUGUACAGGUAUCCUUUAUCUGUGUUUGGUGGGUUCGUUCAAUUUCAGACCAAGUACGUGACGGAUGAAGCGAGUAUGCAUGAAAUGUUUUCAAUGUAUAUGGAAAAUCGCUACCAAAUGUCUUAUAUCGAGUUGUAUGUUGAGUUUGAGCAAUCUGAAGCGGACCGUAACAUUGUGUUGGAAGAUUAUAAUAGUGAAAGCGAGGAUGAAUUUGAAAGUAACUAUGAGAUCGUUGGUCCAGGUGAACACGAAGAUGAAGCUGGCGGCGACAUGAAUGCAGAUGUGGCGGCAGUUGCAGAUGCACUAGCAAACCCGCAUCCGUUUCAGGAGCCUUCUUUCAUGCGGUCGUUGGAUUUGGAGGCUAUGCACGCACCGGAGUUUCCGCAAUAUAUGAAUCCAGAUGUUCUUUACGUAGAUAGAAUAGCGACAAAGAAGACUAUUAUGAUCUUACAUGUGCUUCCUGUUGUGGCGGAUGGUGAGUUCACAGUGGGGAUGGAAUUCAGUUCAAGGGAGGCAGUAAUCAAGGCAAUAAAAGAUUAUACCAUCCGGAGAGGUGUAGACUAUCGGGUAUAUGAGUCGGAACCGACGACAUUCUAUGCCAAAUGUACAGAAUAUGGUAAUGGUUGUGACUGGUUGAUCAGGGUUACCAAAAUGCAAAAGAAGUACUGUUGGGAGAUAAUGAGGUACAACGGAAGUCACACGUGUACAAGGUCUACUAUUUCUCAAGACCAUUCGAAGCUGGAUUCGAAGACAAUUGCAGAAGCAAUUAAGCCAUUGGUAGAGGCUGACCCGUCUAUAAAGGUAAAAUCAGUAAUUGUUGAAGUCCAGUCAAAGUUUAACUACACCAUCAGUUAUCGCAAGGCUUGGUUAGCAAAGCAACAGGCGGUGGAGUCAAUUUUCAGAGGUUGGGAGGCAUCGUAUGAAGCUUUGCCCAUAUGGUUUGAGGCCAUGUGUCACAAGGAGCCAUCAGCAGUGGUUCACUUCGAAACAAUGCCUGCUUACCAGGGGGAUGAUUUGGUUCCUGAUAUACGUGUACUGCAUAGAGUCUUCUGGAGUUAUUACCCUUGUAUAAGGGCCUUCAGACACUGCAAGCCAGUGGUGCAGGUGGACAUGACUCAUUUGUAUGGAAAAUACAAGGGUUGUUUAUUGGUUGCAGUCUCACAAGAUGGUAAUAACAACAUCGUGCUUAUUGCAUUCGCCAUAGUGGAGGGAGAGACUUCUGACGCAUGGUACUUUUUCCUGAGUAACUUGCGUCAACAUGUGGUGACACGUGAUGGUGUGGGACUCAUCUCUGAUCGACACGAUUCUAUUAGGUCAGCUAUUGAGAGAAGUAAUGGGGCUUGGUCUCCUCCUAGAGCGUUCCAUAUGUUUUGUAUCCGACAUAUUGAAUCCAACUUCUUGAGGAAGUUCAAGGCACCUUACUUGCAGAAGCUCAUAGUCAAUAUUGGAUACUCGAGGACGAUCAGGGAGUACCAGAUGCGCUAUGAACGAUUAAAGGAACGGGGUGAGGCUUACACCAACUGGCUUGAUCGGAUCCCACGUGAGCAGUAUGCUUUGGCAUUUGAUGGUGGAUACCGAUGGGGUCAUAUGACCACCAAUCUUGUGGAGUGCAUCAACUCCGUCUUAAAGGGUGCACGCAAUCUCCCGGUGACUGCGCUUGUUAAGGCUACAUUUUACAGAAUGAAUGAGUUGUUCACUAGGAAAAGAGCUGAAGCUGAAGCCCGAAUAAAUGCUGGACUUGUGUUCUCUGAGAUGGUGCCCACCAAGGUGCAUGCAAAUCAACGGGCAUCGGGUAACAUACAGGUUAGUUGUUUUGAUAGAGAAAAUAAAGUAUUUGAGGUACGGGAGAUGCCAAGUGGGGUUGAGUAUGCAGUUGACCUACGCCAGCGUCGUUGCGACUGUGGUGAAUUUCAGGUUGACCGAAUUCCGUGUCGAUAUGUGUUUGCUUGUUGUGCAAAUCAGCGGUUGGACUGGCAAGUGUACGUUCAUGAUGUAUACAAGAUGGACCAAGUUCGAAGAGUAUACAGGGCUAGGUUUAGACCACUGGGAAAUCCUGCAACAUGGCCUGCUUAUCAUGGACCUCGAUUUGUUGGAAACCCGUUCCUCAGACGUGUGGCCAAAGGUCGUCCGAAGAUGACCCGCUUCUUGAAUGAGAUGCACACUCGUAUGUUGCAUCGCCCUAGGCGAUGCAACCAAUGCAGUGCCAAUGGCCAUAGUCGUAGUAAAUGUCGCCAAAAUGCUGAACCAAGUGUAGGUCCAGCCGAAGAGUAG